UGUUCAUUGAACUAGAACAAAUAUGGCGAAGCGAAAAAUAACGAGUUUCUUUUUGCCAACGGAUAACAAUAAUAACGAUACAAACGAAUCCUCAGACUUAACCGUUGAGUCACAAAAAAAACGAAAUUAAAUCCUUCAAUGAAAACCGUUAAAAAGUGGGAGAAAGAACUUAAUAUUAAACUUAAACUAGUUGUUGAUGAAGAUGAUCACGUCAAUCAAAUGUUCUGCGAGGAUUGUGUGCAGUUUAUGCCUGACCAGACGUCAUCGUUUGUGACUGGAUGCACAUCAAUCAAGAAGGAGUCUGUCAAGUAUCACAGGGAUUCGGUCAUUCAUCAAAGGGGUUCAGCCAAAAGAAACAGGGAAGCGGAGGAAAUAGCUGAUCUUAUGGAUACACACUUUACAAAGCCGGAGCGAUGCAAUGGAACACGUUGGGUGGACCACAAGCUGAGGGCAAUAUCAAAACUCGUCACAAACUGGAAAAUCCUUGUCAUGGAUAUGAUGAGUUACAGCCAGGACGAUAGCAAUGCUGGUCAAUAUCGCGCAAAAGCUCAAGGAAUCCUUAAAAAAAUGAUGCAAUUUAAAUUUAUUUGGUUUAUUCAUUUUAUGAAAGACUUGUUAACUGAAAUAGCCAAGGUUUCACUUCAAUUUCAGAAAGAAGAUCUAAUCCUAUCAAGUGUAGUUAAUAAACUGCAAACAUCUAAUGAAUUGUUGCGUCAUCUUGCUGACAAUGAUGGCGAUAGUCUGAAGGACUUUAAAAUCAAACUAAAUGGGGACCAGUAUGAAGAUGAAACUUUGAAAAAUGUUAUAAAUUUUGAGACACUUGACAAUGAAAAGGGACGACUCGUGCAGUUAGUUAUUGAUUGUUUACAGAGUAGACUUAAUAAUAUUGACAGUGACCCGCUAUAUUUGAGCUGCCUCGUUUUAGAUCCGAAGAAUUGGCCUUGUGUAGCUGACCAAAAAAUACUUUUAUAUGGUAAUGACAGCAUAAAGUUAUUGUUAGAUCAUUUCAAAUCUCCAUUGUUAAAUGCGGGUUGUGAUAUAGAUUCAGCGAUGUCGGAAUGGAAGGAUCUGAAAUUUUAUAUUGGAAGAGGAGAACAUUUUAAGGGACAAAACCCAUUUAAUAUCUACCAACGAGUUAGCCACGAAGACAUUGGGAGGGAAGAGUACACAAACAUUAUGCUUGUCAUUCAUUUGACCAGUUUAUAUCCACUAAGUAAUGCAUCAUGUGAACGUGCCUUCUCGAUCAUGAAACACAUGAAGAAUGACUGGAGGUACUCCCUGAGUAGCGAACGCAUGGACCAGCUCAUGCGGAUAAAAAUUACUGGCAAGGGUGAAGAGUUCAAUCCAAAGUGGACAGAGACCCAAAAGACCUGA